CUAUGCGCUCCAGAGAAACAAAGGUCGGGGUCAUAUUCAUAUUUUGGAACCAGUGGUUUGAAUUCUCAUGCGCGACACCAGUCUUAUUGUCGAACUCGAAGACCUAAAAGUGAGGUUGAUAGGAGAAGGCGAUGCUUGCCUUCCAAAUUUAAAGACUAUGAAGGACGGGCUGGUCCACAUUCUACAAAGGGUGUGCAAAACUUUAGUCAGUGGGGAGUCUACUGAAUGGUAUGAACAGUCACAAGUCGGAACGCACAUUUGCAAUACUGGCCUGAUUAACGAUACAAAAUUACACGAUCUCGACAUCAACAACAUAGGAACAUUGAUUGUUGAGCACACAACAUCAGAGCCCGACAACUGGCACACUUUCUAUGCCGAUGACAAAGCACAGUUCAUGGUUGAUAUCCUGCAAAAUCUACUUGCGGCUCGGUCUGAAAUUCUGGAAAAAUAUAGAAGGUAUCUGGUGAAUGCUGUGAUCAAACUCUCCAGGAAAUCUGGACGGUUCCCGCAGAGUUUGCAACUUCGUUGUAUUCAGGACAUAAAACGUACCGAUUUUCGUGGCGGAUUUGGCUUGAUCUAUGAAGGCAAGUUAAACAGCCGCCUUGUUGCUGUGAAAAAGGUGCUAGAGGGUAAUCGUUCCCGAGAACGAUUUGAUAAAUCGUUUUCUAACGAGGCAGUGAUCUGGUAUCAUGUACGACAUGCUAACUGUCUUCCGUUCUACGGUGUAUACGUCUUUGAUAACGACGCUGAGAAGACCUGGUGCCUCGUAUCCCCCUGGAUGAAAGAUGGUCAUGUUAACCACUACCUUAAGGAGCAUCGUGAUGCUGACAGGUAUCCACUGAUCCUGGAUGUUGCACGGGGCCUAGAGUACCUACACUCAAUGGACCCAGCAGUGACUCAUCGCGACCUGAAAGGCGUUAAUAUCCUGAUAACGUCUUCCGGGCGUGCAUGUAUAGCGGAUUUUGGAAUUGUAAAGGCUCGAGAUCCUAAUAAUCAAAUGACCACAACAUCAUCCAAUGUCAUAGGAACCUCUCAUUUUAUGGCUCCAGAACUUCUUGCCGCAAAUAGUGAAGCUGAUCUCCAGAACUUUGACACAAGGCGGUGCGACAUGUAUGCGUUGGCUUGCGUCUGUUAUGAGAUGUUUACUGGGAGGUGCCCGUUUCAAAACCAGCCGAUCAUUCAGUUAGUGCUGGCGAAAAAGCGGCCAGAGCGCCCCGGGCCACGUGACACGCACCAAGUGUUGGACGACUUUAUGUGGAGUCUCAUAGAAACCCUGUGGAAACAUAAACCGGAAGAUCGACUAACAGCAGAACAAGUGUGCAAGCACAUAUUGACCAGGAUGGAUGCUGAGGGGAAAAAUACCGCGCGCCCGUCCACCGAAGUGGAGUGGAAUGUAGGUUUUCUGGCUGAUGCCGCCGUAACGAUAGUGGCAGAAGACCCUUUCACGCUUGCGCAUGCAUAGAAUUGAACUCGUAUGUUGUACAACUGUGCUGGCAAUGUAUUGUUGCUUUAUCUGUAAGCGCUGAGUUCAGGAGUAA